GUGACCUUUGGUCACCACAGUAAAAGGAAAGAUUAGAGGAUUGCCGUGCGUUGUCGGUCUUUGUGCGUGAACGAGCCACUGGGAUACUUUCGGGAUGUUUUGGCCUUUCGUCGUCUUGUGCGCGCUGCAGAGUGCAGACCAGGCCUCAAUUCACACAGGUGUGCGUGCGUCCCCCUCUGGGUCGAUGACGCUUCAGCCGUGGCUGAAGGGCCUGAUGGCCGUGGUGGUCUUCCUCUUCGUCAUCUUUGUCUUCCUCAUCCUCAACAGGCUGUUGGGCAACGACAGGAGAGAGGUGGAGGAGGAGGGGGACCAGGAAGAUGUGUUGGGCUACCAGGAAAAGGUUGUGGAAGUGCGCCGAGACUACGUGGAAGAAACCAGCUUGUAGGACAAAAGAUGAUUUCACAUCUUUCCUUUCGUCUGCCUUUCGUCACCAAGUCCAGUGGUGUGCUCUCUUCUUUUUCCUUAUCUUUUAUCCACGUACGUUUUUACGACCGGGAGACAAGACUUGUAUCUCAGCUUAAAGUUUAGCCCGGGUUGUUACUGCAAGUUGGGAGGAUCUUUGCAGCAGGCGCGGGCCUCUGCUGCAUUCUUUCCAGGUAAUGUUAGAAGAUGACUUUCAAGACAAACAUCUGUUUACUUGUAUUUUUUCCACUGAUUGCUAAUGCUAAUCUGUGCUAACAUUACAACGUUACUUCAUUUUUGGCUAUGACGUAUUCAUGCUUCGAAUGCAGCCGUGGUUGUUUUUCAUGUGCUCUAAAAAUAAAGUUGAGCCGAAAGCAUCUCUUGAA